AGUAGGAGUUACUAUGUAUGUACCUGUAUCAUAGCACGGUUUUGGGGCUAAGAGGUACCCAAGUACUUACUCCAACCCAAUUCCUGGAUUACCUACCACAAAUAGGUACGAAGUAAUUCCUCAGUACCUUACCUACCUCCUAUUCUUCUUUUCAAUCCUAGUGAUAUAAAUCAUAUCAUGUGCUUAUACAAGCCUACUGUCCUUACUCAAACUAUUAAACCAGAGUGGAUUUCUUAUGAUAAAAGUAGAUUUUCGGGAUAGAAUCAUAAUUACAGAAUGACGAGCCGAACUGUCUUGUACACUUUUAGCAUAUAUAGAAGGCCAUCGCGGCAUCAUACUAAAAAUAAAUGUCAAACCAAACAGCUCAAGAAGCUCUCAACAUCGCCAAUUCCAGAAAGUACUUCGCAACAACUAAAUAAUUCCCAAUGGCAAGUUCCACUCCCCAGUCUAGUCUGCUUCUCAGCCUACCCACUGAACUCAGGUUCAUCAUUUACGAAUUGUCCUCAGGCAGCAUGGGCCCAUCAUGCUUUGCAGGGAAAACGACAGGAGGUAUACAGUCCCCCAUGAUGUGGAUCGUCGACUAUUUGGCUUUAGUCCGGAAGCUUCCAAGUAUGGGCAUGAUGACAUCACACGUAAACUCCGCACGGCAAUGAUAGAGUCGCCCAUCCCGGGCACACCGGUGGACAGAGUCCGAUACACUGCUCUGCUGGAGACGUGUCGUCAAGUCUACGACCCGCGCGUUGCGAAUGACUUCUUGCUAUGGUUAUACGUCUUUGAGGUGUAUGAAGCGGUAGGAUCCGUUGAACGCAUCACCGUACUCUUCCAGGAAGAUAUCUGCGGGAUGAGCGAAGAAUUUGUGGAAGAUGUCUGCGAGGCUGCCGGGAGAUAUCUCAUAUAUAACGAGGAGCACCCACGCUAUACAGUAGAUGUUGGAUUCUUUCCAUCAUUACGGUAUGCCUUUGAUAACUUCUCAGGUUCUUAUCCGUAAAGGUCAGAUGCAAGAGGAGUUCACCUAGUAGAUAAUGCCAAACCACCAUUAAAAAAGGAAGACAAAAAAAAGACCAGAUACAAUUAAAUGAGGGAAAGUCGUAUUCAUAG